AUGAAUCCUUCACUCCUCCUUGCUGCCUUUUGCCUGAGAUUAGCCUCAGCUAGUCUAACACUUGAUCACAGUUUAGAUGCACAGUGGAACCAGUGGAAGGCAAAGCACAAGAGAUUAUAUGGCAUGAAUGAAGAAGGAUGGAGGAGAGCAGUGUGGGAGAAGAACAUGAAGAUGAUUGAACUGCACAAUCAGGAAUACAGGGAAGGGAAACACAGCUUCGCAAUGGUCAUGAACGCCUUUGGAGACAUGACCAGUGAAGAAUUCAGGCAGGUGAUGAAUGGCUUUCAAUACCAGAAGCACAGGAAGGGGAAAGUGUUCCAGGAACCUCUGCUUCAUGACAUCCCCAAAUCUGUGGAUUGGAGAGAGAAAGGCUACGUGACUCCUGUGAAGGAUCAGUGCAGCUGGGGCUCUGGAAGGACAGAUGGUAGGAAAACUGAGAAACUAGUUUCACUGACUGUGCAGACCUGGUGGACUGCUCUAGGCUUCAAGGCAAUGUUGGCUGCAUUUUUGGAGAACCGUUAUUUUGCUUCCAGUAUGUUGCCAACAAUGGAGGCCUGGACUCUGAGGAAUCCUUUCCAUAUGAAGAAAAGCUCUGGGGACUGGGAAGUCCAAGGUCACAGAGGUGCAUCUGGUGAGAGCCUUCUUGCUGGUGGGGCCUCUCUGCAGAGUCCUGAGGUGGCACAGUAUUCUGGGAAGCAUCAAGGGCAGUGUCAUCCUAUCGAGGAUGCUCUGCAGAUGCUAAGUGGUGGGGAUGAGGAUCACAAUGAAGACAAAUGGCCCCAUCAUGACAUGAGGAGUCAUCUGGCUGGAAAGGCCCAGGUGUAGCAGUUAUGGGAUGUCACUUCACCAAACAGGUGAUGUUUCACACCUCAGAGCAACACAGAACGUUUUGACUGUCAGUGCCUAGUCACUAUUUACAAUCAGAGCCAAAAGGCUUCUCUGAAGAGGAAGAAACUUUUGGAAAACAUUGCCCCUGCAGUCAGACACUUCAUGUAAGAAACACAGCUGCUUGCCUUGGUUGAGGCUGCUACCAAAACUGCUACCAAAACUCCCACCCAGUUGUUAAUCAAAGCAACAGAGAGAUGGAGCCAAAGCCUGAAUCAGAUCAUAAAACAACCAAACUAAUUCACAAGAGUCUUAGCACUUCAAUGGUAUUGUUCCCACCUCCUGCGGAAAGGUCUGGAUAUUUUAACAUAAAUUGGCUGUGGAGUAACAAGAAUGCAGGUUAGCUUUUCCUUGAUUAAUAUGACAUUGCUGACAUUUGACUACUUUUGACCUUCGAAAUAGCCAUUUCAAGUCAUUCAAUGUAAUACUAGGUUUAAGUUUCAUUUUACUCCAAGUGUGUCUAUAUGCACAUAGAUAAAUACUAAA